CUCUAUGUGGCCACCGAAGCCAUCCUCAUUGCAUUGGUGGGUGCAACUCCUCCCUACCACUGGGAUCUCCAAGAGCUCUCAGCUAAUCAGAGCCAUAGCAACCAGUCAGCAAGUGAGCAGAGAGCUUUUGGGGAAUGGCUUCUGACCGCCAAUGGCAGCGAGGUGCACAAGCACGUACACUUCAGCAGCAGCUUCACAUCAAUAGUCUCUGAGUGGUUUUUAAUUGGCAACACAUCAUACAAAGUCAGUGCUGCCAGUUCUUUCUACUUCAGUGGUGUGUUUGUUGGAGCAAUCUCCUUUGGCCAGCUCUCAGAUCGCUUUGGGAGGAAGAAAGUCUAUCUCACAGGUUUUGCUCUUGACAUCUUGUUUGCCAUUGCAAAUGGAUUCUCCCCCUCCUAUGAAUUCUUUGCCGUCUCUCGCUUCUUGGUAGGGAUGAUGAACGGUGGGAUGUCACUUGUGGCCUUUGUUCUCCUGAACGAGUGUGUGGGUACUGCCUACUGGGCGCUAGCAGGAUCUAUUGGUGGCUUGUUCUUUGCUGUGGGAAUUGCCCAGUAUGCUUUAUUAGGGUACUUCAUUCGUUCCUGGAGGACUCUGGCUGUUGUGGUGAACCUGGAAGGAACAGUCGUCUUUCUUCUUUCUCUAUUCAUUCCCGAGUCGCCCCGCUGGCUCUACUCGCAGGGCCGGCUGACUGAAGCAGAAGAUGCCCUCUACCUCAUUGCCAGGAGGAACCGCAAGCAGAAGUGCACUUUUUCCUUAAAGCUCCCCACAGAGAGGAGCCCCAGAGAGGCUGGCAGCUUCUUGGAUCUCUUCCGCUAUAAGAUUCUCUUGGGACGCACCUUGAUCAUGAUGUUUACCUGGUUUGUGUGCAGCUUGGUUUACUAUGGUCUUACUCUUAAUGUGGGUGACUUAGGUGGAAGUAUUUAUGCCAAUUUAGCCCUUUCCGGGUUGGUUGAAAUCCCAGCAUACCCAAUCUGUAUUUACUUGAUUAACCAAAAAUGGUUUGGUCGGAAGCGAACGCUGAGUGCAUUUCUGUUCCUGGGAGGAUUGGCCUGUCUUAUUGUCAUGUUCCUUCCUAAAAAGAAAGAUACUGGAGUGUUUGCAGUGGUGAACAGUCACUCUCUGUCUUUGCUGGGGAAACUGACAAUCAGUGCUGCAUUUAACAUUGUCUACAUCUACACAUCAGAGCUUUAUCCCACAGUCAUCAGGAAUGUUGGAAUGGGUGCCUGCUCCAUGUUUUCCCGUGUCGGUGGAAUCAUUGCUCCUUUCGUCCCUUCACUGAAAUCUGUACAGUGGUCUCUGCCUUACAUUGUGUUUGGAGCAACUGGUCUUCUGUCUGGGCUUUUAAGCUUGUUGUUGCCAGAGACCUUAAACAGCCCUUUGCUAGAGACUAUUUCAGACCUGCAGGUGUGCUCGUACUGGAGGCUGGGUGACGAAGCCAUGUCAUUGCAAGCCCUAGAUGGCUCACAGUCUGGAGACAAGGACAGUUCUGCAGGGAGUGAAAGUGAAGAUGAGGAGUUUUAUGAUGCUGAUGAAGAGACUCAUAUGAUCAAGUAAUGA